AACUAAUAUGAUGUGUCUGUCUAAAUCGAACCCACCAAUUCACGAUUCAACUUGUCUAUCUCAAACAUCUAUAGAUAAUAUAUGUAAUGAAAUAGAGGACCGGACCUCUCCCGCAAGAAAAGAAUACUUGGCGAAGUAUAAGGAUAUAUGAACAAGAUUGAUUCUUUUUCUUGUUUAUUACUCCGCCCCCUUUCCUCUUAAUCCCUUUCUUCCCAUACUACUCUUCUUCUCUGUUUCUUUUAAUUAAUUAUUUUUCAUCGUUUUGCAUUAUCUUCUAAAUUUAAUUUCACCUCUUUUAAACAAUUAAUUAAUAUUUUAAUUAUUUAUAAAUGUAGUUUAUUUAAAACAUUUUAUUGUUAAAAAGAAAUUAUUAUGAAAAAGACCACUAAGAAUAUAUAGAGAAAAAUUCCUGAUUUAAUUUUUCAUUAGCAUUGCAGAGUCUCUCGUUAUUCUCUCUUCCUUUCCUUUUUCUUAUUUUUAGUCUCUAAUUUCUAUUCAUGGACUCCAUUUUCAGGAUUUGAAGGAUCCUUUGUGGCAUAAUAUUAAGCAGUGAACUAUUAUCAAUUUUGAUUAUUUGUUCAUAAAGUGUUUGAUAUUUUGAGCGUACCAAAUAAUCAAAACAAAAAUGUGCUGUUAUUUGGUUGGCUUUGAUUCAGGAGAACUUUAAGAGUAAAUCUAAUAAUAAUAAGUAAAAGGAGAACAAGGGAAGAGAACAAUUUUUGGAACACGAGUUAUAUAUAUAUUAUUGAUGGGCAAUAAAUUGGGAAGGAAGAGGCAAGUGGUGGACGAGAGGUAUACACGGCCGCAAGGGUUGGAUAUCGAUAUAGAUGUAGAUAUUAAGAAGCUGAGAAAGCUGAUUCUUGAUUCAAAGCUCGCUCCGUGUUAUCCCGGGGAUGAAGAGUGUUGUUCUGAUCUUGAAGAAUGCCCAAUUUGCUUUUUGUAUUAUCCGAGUCUCAACAGAUCAAGAUGUUGCAGGAAAAGUAUUUGUACAGAAUGUUUUCUGCAGAUGAAGAAUCCUAAUUCAGCUCGUCCUACACAGUGUCCAUUCUGCAAAACCCCAAACUAUGCUGUGGAGUAUAGAGGUGUGAAAACAAAAGAAGAAAAAGGCAUGGAGCAAAUUGAAGAACAACGUGUAUUAGAAGCACAACUUAGAAUGAGGCAGCAGGAACUUCAGGAUGAAGAAGAAAGAAUGCAGAAAAGACGAGAAUCGAGUACUUCAACUGGUGUUGCACCAGGAGAAGUUCAAAACAGUUCGGUUGCAGCUCGUUCAUCUGGUGCGGAGGAAGUAGUUUCUUUUCAAGAUUCACAACCUGCCUUGAUGAUUAAACAACCUUCAAAUCCUAGGUCAAACAGGGAUGAGUUUGACAUAGAUCUUGAGGACAUAAUGGUCACGGAAGCAAUUUGGCAGUCAAUUCAGGAGAACUGUGGACACAGAAAUUCUAGCUGCAGAGAUGCUGCUUCUUUAGUCCAACAUGUUUCAGGAUAUCGUUAUAUCUCUCCUGCUAUGACAACAGUGGCUGGUUCAUCAUCAUCUGCUUCUGCUGGUCAUGUUUGUGCGGUAGCUGGCCUAACUGAGUGGCAGCAGAUGACUGGAGAAUCUUCUCCCAAUUAUAAUGUAAAUUUGCCAGCAUUCCAUAUGCUUCCCAGCAGCAGCAGGUUUUGUUGUAAUAGGUUGGACCAAGUUGCUGAGAACUAUCCUUCUGCACAAAGUCCGGUUGACAUGUCAGCCGAUGGUGGGAUGACACCAGCAAGAGAUGAAGGGGAAUGGGGCGUAGAUCUUGGACCAGAAGUAGCCAAAGCAGGGACUAGCUAUGCAAGCUCUGAUGUUCCGGCAGAUGCUUCUGGGAUCUCUAUGAUACCACCACAAGAAGAUGAAAUAAGGGACGGUUUUUAUAAUGUCUCUGAAUCCAUUGUUCCCGAAAGUUAUGAGGAGCAGAUGAUGCUGGCUAUGGCUCUAUCUCUGGCUGAAGGCAGAACUAUGAGAAGCAGCGCUGGACCACGGUCAAGCUAUGAGCGAUCAUCUUUCUCAAACAGAUGAUGCUGGCCAUGGUGCUACCCAAGUCUCGAACUGGGACAAAUUGUACUUUUAGCUCCUCAACAACCCAGUUUAAAGGCCAAUGUAUCGAUGAUCCUUUCUUGUCUUCACACAAUUCACUCCAUACAUAUAGAUGUCAGGAAAAAGUAAACAGAUCAUUGUAGCAAAUGAAUGAUUGUUUGUUUAUCCAAUUCAUAAUGUUUUGGAUUUCUUUU